CGAGGAGCGCGGACGGCUGGGCUGCUGCUGGCGGCUGCGGGGCAGCGGAAGCACCGGCGCUCCGGUCCCCGCCGCUCUCAGUCCCGCCGCUCCCAGUCCCGCGCCCCCAGCGGAGCGGGCAUGGCGCCACCCGUGGCGCCUGGCCGGGACCGUGUGGGCCGUGAGGAUGAGGACGGCUGGGAGACGCGAGGGGACCGCAAGGCCCGGAAGCCCCUGGUGGAGAAGAAGCGGCGCGCGCGGAUCAACGAGAGCCUGCAGGAGCUGCGGCUGCUGCUGGCGGGCGCCGAGGUGCAGGCCAAGCUGGAGAACGCCGAGGUGUUGGAGCUGACGGUGCGACGGGUCCAGGGUGUGCUGCGGGGCCGGGCGCGCGGUGAGUGGCGGCGGGGCGGGCGGGGGCGCCGGCCGCGGGCGCCUGCAACCCCCGCCAGACGGAGGACUUCCCUCCCGGCGCCCCUGUCCUGUUGGCGGCGAGGGCUCCCCCCGGAGCAGGGUGCGCCCCCGCGUCUCCUGGAGCGCGAGCAGCUGCAGGCGGAAGCGAGCGAGCGCUUCGCUGCCGGCUACAUCCAGUGCAUGCACGAGGUGCACACGUUCGUGUCCACGUGCCAGGCCAUCGACGCCACCGUCGCUGCCGAGCUCCUGAACCAUCUGCUCGAGUCCAUGCCGCUGCGUGAGGGCAGCAGCUUCCAGGAUCUGCUGGGGGACGCCCUGGCGGGGACACCUGGAGCCCCUGGGCGGAGUGGCUGGCCUGCGGGAGGGGUUCCGGGAUCCCCGAUACCCAGCCUCCCUGGUCCCGGGGACGACCUGUGCUCUGACCUGGAGGAGGCCCCUGAGGCUGAACUGAGUCGGGCUCCGGCUGAGGGGUCUGACUUGGUGCCCACAGCCCUGGGCAGCCUGACCGCAGCCCAAAUUGCCCAGAGUGUCUGGAGGCCUUGGUGACCAAUGCCAGCCAGAGUCCUGCAGGGGUGGGCCUGGCCCUCCCUGGAUCUCCUCCCUCCUCCCAGGGGUUCAGAUGUGGUGGGGUCGGGCGCCUUGGAAGUCUCCCAGGUCUUCCCUCCCUCCUUCUGUGGUUGGCCUGCAGGGCAGCCCCUGGUGACCAGCCCAGUCAGGCCCCAGCCCCGUUUCUUAAGAAACUUUUAGGGACCCUGCAGCUCAGGGGUGGGUAGAGGGAGGGAGCUACAGGCAGGAGGAAGAAUCUUGUAGAGCUACCAGCGUUGUCCCAGGUUCACCCGCCCAGCCUUCACCAGCCCUGUGCCGGCUCUGGGGGCAGAGGUGGCAGGAAUGGUGCUGGGCACUAGUGUUCCAGGCAGCCCUGGGCUAAACAAAAGCUUGAACUUGCCACAUCAGCGGGGAGACGAGAGGCAGGUGCAGUCUGCAGCACUGCCCAGAGCUGUGAGGCUCUGUACAUCUUGUUUGUAGCACACUUGAGUUUGUGUAUUCCAUUGACAUCAAAUGUGACAAUUGUACUAAAUAAAGAUUUUUGAGUUAGUUACCCUUGAA